GUGACUUGGAGCCCAUACAGGGUGCUCUAUACACUGCCCGAAAGCCUCGUCAUUCAAUAUCGGCGCUGCAGACAUCACCAUCUGAUUCACCCCACAGCCAUGAACGCUCAUGAACCCCUGGUUUGAUCAGACUGGAGACCACCAUUUCUUAGGCCGUUUGCAUUCUCAAGCUGCGCAUAAUGUUCUCUCACCCUGGCUCCGGAUGCAUGAACCUCGACGGGAUCUGUUGGCCGUUGAGUGGGAGGCUCCGUUCGACGUCGGAGUGCGCCCAUGAAUAUGCUGCCUUCCAUCAGAUGCAUACGGCGCGGCACUAGUGUUUGCUCAAUGGCUCUAUUACUGUCCCCGAUCUCACCUCGGUCUCCUCACCACGAUGUCCACCAGCAAGUAUGACCUCAUUACUGUACUCGCCAUUGUGCUACUGCACAUCAGCCUAGCACUCUCGAUCCCCUUACCUCCAGGUGAUCCCGUCGAUAUAUCUGGUGGAUGUAAUCCCGGGAGAAGAGGCUCUGGAGACCUCUUCGCGAUCCGCGGGUGCCCACCACCACCUUGACGGUGCUGUCGUGCAGACGUUACCAGGACCAGAAGAAUAUGAGAAAAUAGAGCACAUAGAGUUGCGAUCCACCUUCCCUUGAGAACAUUCUCGAUGUUGAUAUAAUAUGCUGCGUAUCAUGCCGCUUUACAUGAUACAUCCACCGGACCUGACGAGAUCUGAAGGAGGAACAGCUCCGAACAGACCCCUCAUUUCGUUCAGCGCUGCACACGGACGAAGCAAACGCACCAGGCUGGCGCCAAAAGGAGAUAGCGCCCAUCCCAUGGUAACGGGCUAUGCAUGCGAGCGCCUCAUUACGAUAAUGUCUCUUACUCGAUCUUGAAUCCAUCGCCACGACACGAACAGACGUCCCACGCGCCGAGGUUUCGUCCGCUGAUAUGGACACAGCCAUCCUACUGCCACACAACAGCGGCCCAUUCGCACGCGUGUCACAACGGUGCCAACCCUGGUAGUGAGAGUCAUGCACCGGCUACCGGAGCUCAUCUAGAAAUUCGCAUGCUCGUUUAAGAAGUGCGGAUCCGCUCGGGAUGCUCGCUCCAGACUCCCUCCAUUGCCGUCCUAUGCCGCUCUCGACCAUCAUGGUCACCUUCCGUUCCUUCCCUGCGUUGGCGCUGGCCAUCGCAUUGAUCCAAGCUGUGCUUGCCGUGGCAAGCCCAAUACCUGGAUUCGGAGGUUCUUGCAACCCAGGCGAUGUCAAACGAACGGAUCACGGACAUCUGGGAAUGCGGGGUUGUGCACCACCUCCAUGACCGCACAGCGGUUUCAAGUCCAUGACACCGUGUUCUAUCACCAUUGCUUCUCAUCGUUCGUCGGCCCGGUGUUGGCACCAAAGAAUGCGGAGCAGUCACUUACCACACGCUUCCGUGCUCAUCUGGCUUGUUUGAGUGUAACACGCAGAGGGGAAAUCUAUCGUUACAUGGCAUAUAUUGCCAGUGCCAUUCUUUGAAAUACAGUUACUCCAUAGCACCGACGAUAUACGCGUUGUUUCAGCCGUGUCGGGCUCACUCACAGCACCGAGUGCACUCAUCCAUUCUACCCAUUCAACCCGGAGAAACACCCCCUCGCGGAAUAUCCAGUGCAACUUUCGUUGAACUGGACUACGAGUCUACGGGGGCGGUGAUAACUCCUUUUAUCCGUGAUCGGACUCGGAGGGCUUUUUUCUUGCUCUGCACCGCCUUCGGCCUUCGAGUUCACUCUAUCAUCUU